AUGGGUUCUCAGGAGUUUGCUUUGCACCAUGAGAAUCGGCAGGACUCUGGCGAUGAGAUCAUCAGUGACACCAUUGCAUCUGUAUAUGUUGAGGAUCUUGAGUUCUGGGCAGUUCUUGAUGACUCUUCUGGUGGAACGUCGGGUUGGUCAGGACAUUCCUGCAAAAGAGAGGCGCUGUGCAAUCAGACGACGUUCGGCCAUCGCGCGCGCGGCGCUGACUCACUUGAAGAGCGGAUAGAGCAUUCCGUCGUAUUUCUUCUGCACAUCGAGACUCAUGAGGAGCAUCAGGAUGUCCUCAAUCGAGCUGUCCAGCAGCAGGAAGAUCUUCAUGUACAGAUCCUCGCGCUUCCUCUCCAGCUCGUCAGCCGUGAUGUAGCGAUUGGAGAUCUCAACCUCUGUGACUCUGGCCUUAAAGUUAACAUAUUGCGUGAGGAGAUCAAUUGUGAUCAGCUUGAAUUCCAAGUCACUUCGCAGAUUCAUUUUCUCAUUGGCGACUUUCACCAUUGGCACGAUAUUCAACACAACACUCCACAUCUCAUUCAGCGUCUUCGCCGCGAGAUCUGCACUCGCAUUGGUCGUCAUCACGUCGAUGAUCUUCCUCAGAUGCUCGUGAGGACUCGUUUCCACGUCCAUCAGACUGUUUGGCGUGUAAAGGAGACUCCUAGUGGCAGUCAAGAGGCUCUCCCACGCCUCCUCCUCAUAAAUCCCGUGAGCGCCUCUGGCGGAUUUCAUGCGCAAGAUUUUGACAGCUUCUCUAGUACUUUUUGUCAGCUCAAAAAGUGCAUUUCGUGGAAUUUUCACACAUUUUCUCGUAAUUCAGAGGAAAUCAUGGCUGGAUCAACGACUGAAGAGGUCGUGACGGAGAGUGCGGAGGUGACGGAGGAGCGCGAGGUGAAGGAGGAGACAGAGAACGGCAGCGAUCCAGCGGGUGCCGCCAUGGAUCUGCCGGCCGAGAUCCAGGCCAAGCAUCCGCUGCAGCACACCUGGUGCCUGUGGUACAUGGAGAACAACCGCACGCGCAAGUGGGAGGACAACCUGGUGGAGAUCACGUGCGUGGACACGGUGGAGGACUUCUGGAGUCUCUACAAUCACGUGAAGCUGCUGUCCGAGAUGAAGUCCGGCACGGACUUCAACCUGUUCAAGAAGGGCAUCAAGCCGAUGUGGGAGGAUCAGUACAACAAGCGCGGCGGCAAGUGGAUGCUCACGCUCGACAAGUACCAGAGACACACGGAGUUCGACCGCCUGUGGCUGGACAUGCUGCUCUGCCUCAUUGGCGAGGUGUUCGAGCAUCCGGACGAGAUUUGCGGCGCUGUGGCGAGCAUACGUGGCAAGGGAGAUAAGAUCUGCGUCUGGACGAGAUCGAGUCAGAACAAGGUGGCGAACAUGGAGAUCGGACAGACCAUCCGCGACCGCAUGAAGCUUCCGCCCAACAUGAAGAUCCAGUACGUGCUGCACAACGACACUUCCAGCAACAGCAAGCACGGCAACAUCAACGCGCUGUACGAACUCUAGAUGCUGGGCAGAGUUGCAUCAUCCUCAGGACCAGGCGCGUCUCCGUUUCUCUCCAUUCAGUUCAGCUCCAUCUCGACGAUGAGACUGUGUGAAAUGUAAUUUAUCCAGCAAAAUCAUGGGUGUUCUCUCACUGCAAUCGAUAUCACGGGAUUUACUUGAAUUAAAAACUCAGUUUAUUAAACAGGA